AUGGCACAUGCGACUCCAGUAGCACAAGACACUGGUACGUUGUCUCUCUUUCAGCGCUCUCCAUCCAGAGCUAGGGAAGGUGAAGAUUUUAAAAACUAUAAAAUGUGGACGACAAAUCUGUGUUUAGUAUGCCUCGUCACAAUAAUAUCAUGCUGCGAAGCUUACAAGAUUUUGGUGGUGUUUCCUAUGCCCUCCCCGAGCCAUAGAAAUCUUGGAGAUGGUAUUGUCAGGCAUUUACUAAGUGCUGGACACGAGGUGACGUACAUUUCACCGUUUUCUUAUAAACCAGCCUCACCCAAUCUUCGUGUCGUUGACGUCAGUAGCAACGCCAAAGCUUUUCCAACCGACAUGUUGAAUUUCGAAGUUAUACUAAAAAAAGGAAUCAGUUUCGGUAACAUGUACGAUUUCAUGCCGGUGGUUAUCAAUUUAGUGAACAUGACGAUCAACAAUGAAGAUGUUCACAACUUGUUCACCGACCAAAAGGAACAAUUCGAUUUGAUUAUCGUUGAAUGGUUCUUUACGGAUGUGCUUUCUGGUUUCGCAGCUGUGUUUAACUGUCCAUAUAUUUGGGUUUCAAGUGUGGAUAUACACUGGCAGAUUUUGAGGCUAAUCGAUCAACCUUCAAAUCCUGCGUAUAGUGCUGAUAUACAGUCCUCUAAUUUGCCGCCACUAACAUUCAUUGAACGGAUAACAGAACUUUACACACAACUUAAAGGACAGUAUUUAAGAUACAUGUACAUCAAUGAUAUGGAGAAACAUUUAUACGAUAACGAAUUGGCACCAAUAAUCACGAAGCGAGGGAGACAGCCGCCUUCUUACCUUGAUGUCGCGAACAAUGGAUCCCUUGUAUUAGCCAAUUCACACAUUUCUCUGGGUCAAGCACUCAGCCUCCCACAAAAUUAUAAAGCCGUUGGAGGAUACCAUAUUGAAGAAAAUGUCAAGCCUUUACCUGAGGACCUGAAACAAAUAAUGGAUAACGCUAAACAUGGAGUAAUAUACUUCAGCAUGGGGUCGAAUCUAAAGAGCAAGGAUAUACCAAAAGUUAUUAAGGAAAAUCUUUUAAAAGUAUUUAGUGAAUUAAAGCAGACUGUUCUAUGGAAAUUCGAAGAAAACCUUCCUAAUACCCCUAAAAAUGUUCAUAUCUUGAAUUGGGCUCCACAACAGAGCAUCCUUGCUCAUCCUAAUACUGUCGUCUUUAUAACUCACGGCGGAUUAUUAUCAACAACCGAGACUAUUCAUUUUGGAAAACCCAUUAUUGGUAUACCCGUGUUUGGAGAUCAACACCUCAAUGUUGCCAGGGCUGUAAAGCGAGGUUUUGCAUACAAAGUGGACCUUUCCUAUGACUUGGCAGAUGAAUUGAAGAUAGCUAUUGAAGAAGUGACAACCAAUCAUAAGUAUGCAGAAAAAGCUAAGGAGCUUUCUUUCGUCUAUCAUGACCGUCCAACAUCUCCGGGCAAGGAGGUAGCACAUUGGGCGCGGCACGUUAUUGAAACACGCGGCGCUCCACUUCUUCGAUCACCAGCUUUCAACACGCCGUUCUAUCAGAAAACUUACUUAGAUCUAAUUGCUAUUGUUAUCGUUAUUUUAUAUGUAAUUUUAAUAUUGAUAAGACGUGUAUAAACAAUGUCUGCUUUAUUCCCCUGCUUGAUCUUCUUCACCCUGAUAUUUGCAUAUUGUGAAGGAUACAAGAUCCUGGUGAUAAUCCCUAUACCAGCGAGGAGUCACUCCAAUCUUGGCGCUGGCGUGGUUAGACAUUUGCUAAAGGAUGGGCAUGAGGUGACAUAUAUAUCAGCGUUUCCUUACACGCCUACACAUCCAAAUCUUCGUAUGAUCGAUAUCAGCGCUAACUUAAAUGGCAUUCCAGAUGAUCUAUACAGCAUUCCAGUAAUAAUGGAUAAACAGUUUGAAGACUAUGAUUACUUAUUUAGCACAAUUAUAGACAUAACGAAGAUGGCUUUUCAGAACGAUAAUGUACAAGAGUUGUUGAACGAUCCCGGUGAACAAUUUGAUGCAGUGAUCGCUGAAUGGUUACUUACUGAACUGCCUGCUGGACUUGCAGCGGUAUACAACUGUCCACUGAUUUGGAUUUCAAGUCUAGACAUUCAUUGGGCAAUUUUGUACUUGGUUGAUCAGCCUUCAAAUCCUGCGUUUACUGCCCAUUUAAUGUCGAACGCAUUACCCCCUUUUACCUUCUGGGAGAGAGUAUAUGAAUUAUAUACACAACUCAAAGUGCUGUACUGGAGAUACGUGUACUUUGACAAAUUGGAGAAACAAGAAUACGAAAAUUUACUAGCCCCAAUUAUAGUAAAGCGAGGAAGACAGCCACCAUCUUAUUACGACGUACAGUUCAAUGCGUCACUGGUGUUGGCAAACUCCCACGCGUCUCUAGGACAGGCAAUCUCAGUUCCACAUAAUUACAUACCCGUGGGUGGAUACCAUGUUGCAGAUGUGGAACCUUUGCCAGAUGAAUUACAGAAUAUAAUGGAUAACGCUAAAAACGGAGUAAUAUAUUUCAGUAUGGGGUCAAAUUUAAACAGUAAAGAUAUCCCGAAAGUGAUGAAAGAUGGUAUUAUAAAGACUUUUGCUGAACUGAACCAAACUGUAAUUUGGAAAUAUGAAGAGAACUUACCAAAUGUCCCUAAGAAUGUUCAUAUAUUAAAGUGGGCACCGCAACAGAGUAUUCUCGCACAUCCUAAUACUAUUCUGUUCAUCUCUCACGGCGGUUUAUUGUCAACGAUAGAGAGUGUUCAUUUUGGAAUACCCAUUAUUGGUAUACCAGUCUUCGGAGACCAAUCCCUAAAUGUCGAUAAGGCUGUAAAAAAAGGAAUUGCCCGUAGGGUUGACCUUAGAUACGAGAUCGCCGAUGACCUGAAAAUAGCUAUUAAGGAGUUAACAACGAACCCGAGAUACGCAGAGAAAGCCAAGGAGUUGUCUUCUAUUUACCACGACCGUCCAAUACCUCCCGGCAAAGAAAUUACACACUGGGUGAAACACGUUAUUCGGACACGUGGUGCUCCACAUUUGCGCUCACCCGCCUUACACGUGCCGUUCUAUCAAAAGCUUUACUUAGAUCUACUUGCUCUCAUAAUAUUAUUUAUAUUUAUAACCGUGAAAUUAGCUAAAUACUUGUAUAACUUUAGUUACUAUGUAAUAAUUGUGAAUGAUAAAAAGAAUAAAUAA